CUAAUAUUACUAUAGAGCGAUGAGCAGCAUCACCGUCAGUUAAUUCAUCACACGACUUGGGCUUCACGGUCCCGCCUCGCCCUGCUGUCGGAAAUGAACAAAUGAACUUCCCUCCUGCGCAGAGAUGUCUAAUUCGCCCGGUCCCGGUCCGCUUGCCGUUUGGGAUCCAUCCGACAGUUCAUUCCCACGCGCGGGUUUUGGAAGCAUGUCCUCGGAGGCGGAGGCGGAGAUAGAUAGGAGCAGGGGAAAAGCUGGACGCGCUUAUAUCAUUGCUAGAUUGCUGUUUUUGAUCGAAUGGCUUCUUCGUUGCUGCGCCUCACACAUUAUUUGCUUCGCCCUUGUUUUCGAGGUUCUGGAUCCCAUCAUUGGUGCUAAUGCGCUUGCUGUUCGUCCUCAGUCGCGAAUGGGUAGUGGUAGAGCGGGUUUUGAUCGAAUGACUUCCUCGUUGCUGCGCCGCACACAUUGUACCUUUCGUUGUGGAUUUUGGAUCCUGCGCCUCCAUCGCCAUAAAGCGGAUGUUGGCGGGGAGGGCACAUGGUGAAUUGCAAGAUCUGUUUCUGUUUCCGUCUCGCUUGGAAGGAAGGAAUCUGGCACGGCGGCAUGAUUCUGUAAGGGUGUUUUUUAUAGUGGUAGUUGCACAUAGAUCCGGUGCUGGAUGUUUUUUUUUUGGAUCUCUGAGUGCGAGGAUAG